AUGAGUGUAUUACUUGAAACAUCGCUGGGCGAGAUAGUCAUCGACCUGCUCGUCAACAGCUCGCCAAGAUGCUGUGAAAACUUUUUAAAACUGUGCAAAGUGAAGUACUAUAACUUUUCUCCGUUUCACAGCGUUCAGAAAGGCUUCACCUGUCAGACCGGAGAUCCACUCGGCUCAGAUUCACCCGAGAGUGACGGAGGUAGUUCGAUAUGGGGCCUGCUCUCCGGUCCCUCGAAGAAGAGCUUCGUUGCCGACAUCGACCCAAAGCUCAAACAUACUGAGCGUGGGACAGUGAGCAUGGCGACGGUGCCGUCGGCACGCGAUCCCGACGAGCGACUUGCUGGAAGCCAAUUCAUCAUCACUCUCGGGGAGAACAUCGACUAUCUGGAUGGCAAAGCCGCUCCGUUUGGAAUGGUUGUAGAAGGCUUUGACACUCUGGAGAAGAUAAACGAUGCCUUCACGAACUCCGAUGGGAGGCCGCUCAAGGACAUCCGCAUCCGCCACACGAUCGUCCUUGAAGAUCCCUACCCUGACCCUCCAGGGCUCCUUGUGCCUGAUGCGAGUCCAGCUCCAACCAAAGCGCAGCUGGCCACCGUCAUGAUCGCUGAUGAUGAGGAUCUCGAUGAAGAAGUCGAUGAAGCAGCCAUGAAAAAACUUCGCCGUGAACGAGAGGCAAGAGCACAGGCUUUGACCCUCGAAAUGGUGGGUGACCUCCCGUUUGCAGAAGUCAAGCCUCCGGAGAACGUUCUCUUUGUAUGCAAGCUAAAUCCCGUCACCCAUGACGAGGAUCUCGAGUUGAUCUUCAGCCGUUUCGGCAGGAUCCUUUCCUGCGAGGUGAUCCGAGACAAACGCACCGGCGACAGUCUACAGUAUGCCUUUAUUGAGUUCGAGAAUCAGAAGGACUGUGAGCAGGCGUACUUCAAGAUGCAGGGCGUACUCAUUGAUGAUCAUCGCAUCCAUGUAGACUUCUCGCAAAGCGUGUCCAAGCUAUCAGACACCUGGAGAGAUGCGACGAAUACCAAGAGACAGCGACAGGCAGGCGGCUUUGGCGGGAUCGCGAGUCUCGAGAAAAAACGACAUUACCGAGAUGAAGCUACCCGCGAGCAGAACGGACGGGGUUACAGAAUGGUCUUCGACAAGGACGACGCGCGCCGCAAGGUGGACAGCCUGCCAGAGAUGGGACCCCGAAGGUCACGGAGCAGGAGCCCGCAACAUUCCCACCACAGAGACUUAGCACGAGAUGACCGCCGCGCUCGAGACGUGGACAGGUAUGAUGGCCGAGAUCGGAGGGAAAGAGACCACUAUCGGGGCGGAGGCAGGGAUAGUGGCAGAGGUACAGAGGGAGAUAGACCACGAGAGAGCAGAGGAGAUUCCUAUCGCUCAUCGAGAAGGAAUAGAGAUCGGUGA